AUGGAGGCAACGCAGGAGGCGGACAGUAUACGCGAGCGCAAGGAGCGCAAGAAAGUGCAGAAUCGGCUCAACCAGAGAGCGCGCAGAUCUCGCCUGAAGGAGGACAAGACGGACAAGAAGGCCGACCGUCCCUACGAGGUGGAUCGCUGGCGGCUGCACUACAGCAACGGCGAGGCCACGGAGAAGAAGCAGCAGCUCGUCGUCCGCAAGGCCAGGCCUGACGUCGAUGAUGAGCCUCGAGCACGGAUGGGAGCAUCGCCCAUCUUCGGACCCUUCGCGGACCACCCCGUCGACGUGAGCGUGUGCAUCUGCUCGACGCGCGCGGCCAUCAUCAAGACGUACCCUUCCAGCGUCUCAGCGGACCACCUGCUCGAGCUGAUCCAGUUCAAUGUCUUCCGCGCCCUCGUGGCCAACAAGUACUCCAUGACGGGCAAGGCCCAGCACUACCAGGAGGCCGCCGCCGAGGACGGGUCGCCGCUCGUGCCGUACCAGGAGCAGACGUACCCGGGCAACGCCGUCCUCGUGCCCCUGUCGGCGGGGGAGCUGCCCGUCUCGCUGCUGCCGACGCAGCUGCAGAUCACGGUGCGGCACGCGACGUGGAUCGACCUGCUGCCGUUCCCGCGGAUGCGCGACAACCUCAUCCGGGCGCAGCACCAGUUCGACCAUGCCGAGCUGGUCAACGAUGUGAUCGGGCAGCUCAUUGAUCUCUCCCGGUUCUUCCGGCCGGAGGGGCACCUCCUCGACAAGGGGUCGCAGGCGUCGUCCGGGGCAGGGGGAUCACCGGAGACGUUCGAGGACGAGGCAACUGCGCCUCCGCGGGGUGGGUUCAUCGUUUAUGGUGCGCCGCACCGGGUGGAGAGCUGGGAGGUGACGCCCGAGUUUGUGUGGAAAUGGGGAUGGACGCUCAUGGGCUGCCAGGAGCUGAUGGAGUCGACGAACCGGUGGAGGCGCAGUCGCGGAGAGGCAGCGCUGCCGAUGAUUAUCACUCGGCCGUGGCAUAACAACAGCCUCGGACUGUCUGGGGUGAGUGCAUGA